AUCCGUAGCAAGGCCCAUCAUCACAUCACAACUUCCCAACCCAACCACCCAGAAAAAAACACACAAAAGCCAAAUUUUGACGUUUCCUUUCCUCUUUCUUUCCCUUUUCCUCGUUUCCACGACCCUCUCGAAUUCUUGAGACGUUUCCCGAAUCUUCACUACGCACGUUUCUGAAACUAUAUAAUAUCUAAAAUCCCUUCACUUCCCAUUCCUAAAACCUCUUACAAAAACCGUACAACAAGGUUGUUUUUGUUUUGUUUUGUGUUUUCUCUCUAAUCAUUCGAAUGGCCAAAGAAGGACCUAACUGGGACGGGUUGCUGAAAUGGAGCAUUGCUCACUCCGAUGGGACUAGCCCUACUCGCAAUUUAAGUGAGGAGGAUCGAAAAUGGUUUAUGGAAGCGAUGCAAGCACAGACCAUUGAUGUUGUAAAACGUAUGAAAGAGAUCACACUUGUGAUGCAAACUCCAGAACAAGUAUUGAAAGACCAAGGAGUUACCCCUGCAGACAUUGAAGAUAUGUUGGAAGAGUUGCAAGAGCAUGUUGAGUCGAUUGACAUGGCCAAUGAUCUCCACUCAAUUGGUGGUUUGGUUCCUCUUCUUGGUUACCUAAAGAAUUCUCAUGCCAAUAUUCGAGCAAUGGCUGCUGAUGUUGUGACCACAAUAGUCCAGAAUAAUCCUCGAAGUCAGCAACUUGUUAUGGAAGCAAAUGGCUUUGAACCUCUUAUUUCUAAUUUUAGUUCGGAUCCUGACGUGACUGUUAGAACUAAAGCACUGGGUGCAAUAUCUUCACUAAUUCGGCACAACAAACCAGGCAUUACUGCAUUUCGUUUGGCAAAUGGGUAUGCAGCUUUGAAAGAUGCUCUAGCCUCUGAAAAUGUGAGAUUUCAAAGGAAAGCUCUCAACUUGAUCCAUUACCUGUUGCAUGAGAAUAAUUCAGACUGCAACAUCGUGAACGAGCUUGGGUUUCCUCGAAUGUUGAUGCACCUUGCCUCAAGUGAAGAUUCAGAUGUGAGAGAAGCUGCCCUUCGUGGCCUUCUCCAGCUUGCUCACAAUGCGAAAGAUGGCAAGGAUGGCAAUGAGAAAGACAGUGUGAAAAUAAAGCAACUUCUUCAAGAACGAAUAAACAACAUCAGUUUAAUGUCAGCUGAGGACCUUGGUGUAGUCAGGGAGGAGAGGCAACUUGUGGACUCCCUGUGGAGCACUUGCUUCAACGAGCCGUCUUCUCUUCGAGAGAAAGGUCUUCUAGUGCUUCCGGGGGAGGACGUGCCCCCUCCAGAUGUUGCUAGCAAAUAUUUUGAGCCUCCUCUUAGAUCUUCGACUGCAAAUCCAUCUUCAAAGAAAGACCCAGAAAAGAAUGAGAUCCCUUUGCUUUUAGGGUCAGGACCUUCUCCUACAUACACUAACAACCAAGGUUCAAAUAAAGGAGAUGCUAGUUCAUAGACAGAUGCUAAUAUAUCGAAAGUUUAAAUGCUUUAUGUUCUGUUUUUUAUACCAUGCUUUCUUUCUAUCUUAUCAUACAAUAGUAAUUUCUUUCUUUCACUUAUAGGCUAUGUUUUUAACCCUUUCUUCUGGCCUCAGAUUGGUUUUCCCUAGUAUUUCUAGGAUGAUGAUCUCAUGGUAUGUUACACUGUGACACUAUAACUAGCCCUCCAUUGUAGUUUGUUAAUGUAUGAUUGCAGCGGUGAAUGCCUUCAUUUUUUUGUGCCUUC